GGCAGGUUCAGUGACUCAGAAGAGGCUAAGGGCAUUUAGGCAUUUAGGUUUAAGAAGAACAAAGGCCAUCAGCUAUGAACCGGGCUAAUUCUGACGAUUCAGCUGGUGUGAGAAUGAAUGCUGACGACUGCAAUGGCCGCUCCUUUGUGUCAGGCAGCGGAGACUCAUCGAUGGAGAGGGAGUUCUCGGGGGGGCUGGGGGGCCCCACUGUAAGCACUCCCAACAGUCAGCACUCCUCCCCCAAGCGUUCCCUUAGUGCAAACUCCAUCAAGGUAGAGUUGUACAGCGACGAUGAGCCGGGCUGCGUGUCCCUUCUUCAGAGAGGGGAAGAGAGGGGAGAGAGGGGAGAAGGGUGGAAGGAUGAGAGAGGGGACAGGGUGGAAGACGGGGGCUGUGGCGGCAGCAGCAGUGAGGGAGGUUGCGGUGGUGAAGGGGCCGGGCACGGCGAGUGGGCCAGUCCAAAGCCGGCCUCCCCGGGGCCCAUCCGGCUGCCGAAUGGGAAGCUGAAGUGCGACGUAUGCGGGAUGAUCUGCAUCGGGCCCAAUGUGCUGAUGGUGCACAAGCGGAGCCACACAGGAGAACGGCCCUUCAAAUGCAACCAGUGUGGGGCCUCGUUCACUCAGAAGGGGAACCUGUUGCGUCACAUCAAGCUGCACUCCGGGGAGAAGCCCUUCAAAUGCCCAUUCUGCGCCUACGCCUGCCGCCGCCGGGAUGCCCUGACCGGACACCUCCGCACCCACUCUGUGUCAUCCCCCAUUGUUGGAAAGCCCUAUAAGUGCAGUUAUUGCGGCCGCAGCUACAAGCAGCAGAGCACACUGGAGGAGCACCAGGAGCGCUGCCACAGCUAUUUGCAGAGCCUGGAGCCCCAGCUAUCGCAAGGCGCCCACACACAGGGCAAUGCACAGGGAGAAGACGCGCGUGACCUGGAAUUCACACCAGAUCCUCUGCAGCCGAUCUUCAUGGACCGGCUGACCAACAGUGUCACCAAGCGCAAGAGAUCCACGCCCCAGAAGUUUGUGGGAGAGAAGCACAUAUGUCUCAACAUGGCUGACACCCCCCUUGACAAGGAAGGGGACAUGCUUGGCUCACAGCACAUAGGGGUUGACUCCUCCCACUAUGUGGGAGUGGGAGGGGAGUACCUCAGGGGGCCUGGGGGAGGUCCAGAGCCUGUUCGACCCCUUCGGUUGCCCCCGCCACAUGCCACCUGCUUGUCAGAGUUCACCCCAGUCAUCAGCUCAAUUUACAACCAGCUGGCUACCCCUGGGCCAAGAGCAGACUGUGUGGGGGGCGGAGCUGGAGUAGGAGGUGUGGCCUUGGGAUUAGGUGGGCGGGAGGCGGGCGAGGGCCACGAGGACUGGCCCCCGGGCCGAAGCCACACCGCCCCCCCCAGCAACGGCUGCCACGACUCCACGGACAACGACAGCAUGGCUGAGGAGCAGUGCCCCGCCGCAGCCCCUGCUGGCAGCGCCAACCACCACCCCGCUCUAGCACUGCAGCGCGGCCGGGAGAGGCACAGCCCUGCCCACACCAAAGAGAGGGACCGGGGUGAGCGGGAGAGGGAGGAGGGGGGCCUACUGCAGGCCACUGCAGCCGCCCAGCCCCAGGGCUCAGGCUCCCCGGGCCCUAGGGAGGCGUUGCGGGUGGUGGACGGCGAGGGCCGCCCCAUGCGCUCCUUCCACUGCGAACACUGCCGCGUCCUCUUCCUGGACCACGUCAUGUUCACCAUCCACAUGGGCUGCCACGGCUUCCGCCAGCCCCUCGAGUGCAACAUCUGUGGCCACCGCAGCCAGGACCGCUACGAGUUCUCCUCUCACAUCGUCCGUGGGGAGCACAAAGUGGGCUAA